AUGGCCGCCGACCAUGGCAGGCCAAUUGUGCCUUCCAAGCACUUAAAUACUGACUAUCCCUCCACCCGCAGUUAUUGGACUCAGACCCGUAAGAAACCACAGCAUCCCCUUCCGUCUACGACCUUGGCUGUGACCUACCUCUCCGUGACCUUUUUUCUUAACGAUAUGAAAUAUAGCCAUAUUCGCCGCGUGUUUGGGUAUGCCCGAACGUCCGAUUACCUCCUUGGGGCUGGUGUUGCCGCCGUGAGCCCGCUGGUCUUCGGAGUCAUGGAUCGGGUUCAGCCUGCUGCGUCCGCUGCGAUCAACUUUGCCCGAUGCAUGAGACUGUCCGGAGCAGUUGGGUUGGCCGCGGGCGUACUUACCGUCUAUCAGAGAUCUUCCAAUCGAUUCUAUGGACUCACGGAGAACGCUCGGGAAGAGGAGAUGGACAUGCGCGAGAUGGUUGAGAAGGUGAAAAAGGGAGAACCGCUCUACGGAGUUUCGUCACUAUCGCCAUACAUGCAGGGUGUUGCUGCACGAAAUUCUAGAUACACAUCGCUUUUCAUCCAUGUGAUCCCUUGGUUCAACGUUGUCAACCACAACCAGCACGGUGUUGAUACUGCAAAAUAUUACCGUCAGGCUGAACGAGAGCUAGAAGCCGAGCGUGUAAAGAUGAUGACCAGUCAAUAG